GUCCCACUUCUGCGCUUUUCAGGUUUAGCUGUUGAUUAACCUGUUUCCUAUGUUACAGCAAGCUGAACAAAUGGGCUUUGUUUGAGGAGGAAGUCAGUGGCAGUAAGUUUGAUUGGGCAGAGGUAGAAAGAAGUGAAUUCUGGCUGUGUGCCUUGUCUGUUUAUCCAGUUUUUCUCUGAAGAGCUUAUCUCUGUCAUUGCCAUUGUACCAUGUCACUGUGUGUGCAUUUCUCCUUUCCCCUCCUCUUCCAUCCUGAGUGUUCACUGUUCUUCAGUAACAGCCCAGAUCUUCAUUCUGUCAUUCCCAGUUUGGACCCAGUUUUGGUGUCACCUGAGGAGCAAGAAAGAAAAAUCUGGACAUCUGCCUGCCCACCCCAAGGGGACAGCAACUGCAAAGAUGGAUAUGUCUGAAGUUUCUGAAGCCAUGACAAAAGCUGGCAUCAAACCAAAAUCUAUGCAUCGUGCCAAAAUAUGGUCAGAUAACGUAGAGAACUUAUACAGAUUUCAGCAAGCUGGAUACAGAGAUGAGGUGGAAUAUAAACAAGUGAAACAAGUUGAUGAGGUAGAGUGCUGGCCAGAAACUGGAUUUGUUAAGAAACUUCAGAGAAGGGACAAUACAUUCUAUUAUUACAAUAGGCAAAGAGAAUGUGAAGACAAAGAUGUCCAUAAAGUGAAAGUUUAUGUGUAUUAGUAUUGUUACUGUUCUAGUUGGUUUGUUUUCAUAUAUUGUUUCUUAAGACCUGUAAGUAAAUGAAUUGUGUAGUCUGGCUUACCUUAAGUAUCCAUGUCAUUCUUAGAAAGGGAACUGCUGAAGAAACCUGAGCUAUAGACAUAGAAACUUCACUUUUUCCUUCCUACAACCACAAGUCUUAUUAUUCCUCAUUUUUCUGGUUACAAAUGCUUCGACAUAAAGCUGAAAAGCUGGUAAAUGGACAUCAUACAUUUCAGUUAAAUGCAUAACAUCCAUUGUAAAUACAGGCAUCAAUCUUUAUUCCAAAAAAUGUAAUCUUGUUGACACUGGUUAAUGUCAGCCACAGUCUCUUGGUGUAGCUAAGGGUUAUGAGACUCCAAAGGGCCAAGGUGAGGCCAGAGCACUGACUAACAUGUCCUUGGAUCAGAGUAAGAAAAACAAGCAAAUAAUUUAAGUGAAGGACGCUGAACAAUCAAGUAACAACAGCAAGUGCAGAGCUACAGAUAUAAGGAUAGGUUAUUGUGGUAGAAAGAGUCACAACAGAAAUGUCUUUCUGUCUAUCCCCAAAGUAUUUUUGACAGGUGCCAGUGUUAAUUACUCAAAGAGGAAAUAUUAAUUGACUUAGUAGCAUAUGCCUUCUUGCAGGGGUGGACUGUGGAUUCACAGGUGUUGGGAACAUGGAGUAUAAAACUCCAGGGAGAACAUGAAAUCCACACUCGAUAAUAUUUAGGGGGAAGUGACAUACACAGAUGAUAAGCGGGAUUUCUGAGCAGAAUUCAUUUCAUCUAACUUCAAAUGUCACAUUAUCAACAUCCACACCUGAUCCUGAUCCUGUAGUUUGGACAGCCUUUAUUCUGAAUAGAGAGAAGCUCUUGUGGGCACAAUUAAUUUCUUUUAAGGGCAGCUAUGUAAAAUUUUCUUUGCAUGUGAAAUCAGCUCUGCAGCAACUGGCCAUACCUGGGCUACUGAGACACUCAAUGAAGAUGAGGGACUGUACUUACCUUCACUUAUGAAGGGAUUUAAUUAAAAUACUUUGAGAUGCCAAAACCCUUGAUAAUUGACCAGUAGAAAAGAUUGUUGUUAUGUGAACCAGUAGGUGUGUUUGUGAUAGUUACAUAAAAAUUCAUUUUAAUAUUUCCUAUCUCUAGACUGUUGAACAAGGGUAUCUAAACUUAGUUUUAGGCAUUAAUUAGCAGUGUAUAUUUGACAACCUAUCUUAUGGAUAUUCUUAAUUUAUUUGAACCUAAGAUGGAGGCAGACUCAAGAAAUAGAGGACUUACAGCUCCUAAGCAAAAUAAGUAGUAUGGGUGCAAUAUUUAAAAGACCUCAUUGACUAUGACUGGUGAUGAUCUCCUCAUCUUAUUUAGACUACUUGGGAAGUUUUAACUUAGAUUUAUAUGAGCUCUGUUAAAGAAAUGACUGAAAGAUACUCUGAAGCAACUAUGAAACAUAUUUCUGGAAGGUAUUAAUGACAUAAAAAGAGAGAGUUACUGCAAUGUUGAGAAAUAAAGCAUGGCUACAAUGAAUGUCACUUCAGCCUUUCAUUAUGAUUUCUUUUACACUUGAGUGUUCUGGAUGUACUUUUUUAAUACAGGACUUUUUGCAUACUUUCCAGUUAAAUAGUGGGAACAGAACAAUUACCAGAUAACCCAUCUAUUUUGUCUUUGUCUAAACUUUAGUUUAGUGGAUCUCACAUUGUUAACUUUAUAGAUUCCUGAAAACAAAAUAUUCCAGUGGUCAUGAAAAGAGCCUUUAAAGAAUUUCACAAAAAAUAGAUGUCUUAUAUAGCCAGCUCAAAUUUAUUGUCAGAAAUUAUUGCUAUCAGCACAAACGGAAGAAAUGAGAACAUUUGGUACAGCCAUUUUCUAAGUCUAUAAAAAAGACAUAGCUGGGCAUUUGAGAAAAGGAAUUAAAACUGCAGGUAACUUCUUAGGAUUUAAUGUGGAUUUUUUUCCUCAAGAAAGAUUUUUAAAACCUGAAACACAUA